AUGGCAGUCCCCAAGGCGUCCAAGAGCUCCCUCAGUCACAACUGGAACACUCGCUCCACGCCACCACGGCUGCACCGGAGAUACCCGGAAGGGAACUCGCGGCUUGUGGCAGGUUUUCAGGUCUCAGAGCGCCUGUCUCUCGCACAACUGCUAACUUCAAUUUCUUUACUUGCAGAAGCCAUUCAUGCCAUUUUGGUUUACAGCCAAAAUGUAGAUGAACUUUUGAAACGCCGAAAAGUCUAUCGAGAAAUAAUUUUUAAGUAUUUGGCAGCACGUGGAGUUCCAGUGCCUCCUUCUGCUGAGAAAAAUGUACUCAUUGAUCGUGUAAAGCAGUACUGGAGUGGGAAGCUCACACCAUGUGCCUCACAGUCAGAGGAGAAAAAACUACAAGCAGAGAGUCAUGGAGAGAGAAAGAAGUCACCACAAAAUGACAUUCAUCUUCUAGGAGAAGAAUUCUGUCGGUGGUUCUUUGAACUCCUGAAUUCUCAACAUCCUUUGGGAGUAAAAUCUGAAGGAGGAUGGGGACCACAGCAUUUUUGGGAGGAUGCCAAAAUGAAAUUCUGUUACAACACAUUAGAAAAAAAUAUGGAAGAAUAUAUUGGUGCAGAAAUGGUGAGCCUUCGUCUCCUGUCUUUGGUUAAAGAAGAGUGUCUUCUAUUCAAUCCUAAUUUGCGUGCCAACGGACUGAAGUGCGUUAUGUCUCGACAUGGGUUAGUACUGAUAGCAGUGGCUGGUACAGUACAUAGAGAAAACUGUUGUUUGGGCAUCUUUGAACAAAUUUUUGGACUCAUUAGCUGUCCUGUUAGGGGAAGUACCUGGAAAAUAAAAGUUGUGAAUCUUAAAAUAGUUGGACAGAAUGCUCUGCAGCCUGGGAUGCAAAUUGAAAGACCUUCCAUAAAAUACGACUCAAAUCAACUGCAAGAAUUGUAUGAUGGGAAAGAACUGACAAUCACAACUGAUUGA